AUGAAUUUCCUGAGGAGGCGCCUCUCAGACAGUAGCUUUGUGGCCAACUUGCCAAAUGGCUACAUGAUGGACCUUCAGCGUGCGGAUAAUUCCACCAGCAGCCCCGUUUCCCCAGCAACAGAGAGGAGGCCACCACCUGCCCAGCAACCGGCUCCUCUUUCUUCUGGAACCAGCAUCUUCAGUUCCAUCUCCAGUGCCAUGAAGCAAACCACACAAGCGGCUGCAGGGCUGAUUGAGCACUCACCAAGCCCUGCCCCUGUCACCCAGCAGAAGCCCCAGAACCUCUUGGUAAUCGAUGAUCCACACACAGACUGGGCUAAGUAUUUUCAAGGAAAGAAGGUGAAUGGGGAAUAUGAAAUCCGAGUGGAACAGGCAGAGUUUUCUGAGCUGAACUUGGCUGCUUACGUAACUGCUGGCUGUAUGGUGGACAUGCAGGUUGUAAGGAACGGCACCAAAGUGGUCAGAUCCUUCAAGCCUGACUUUGUUCUCAUCCGGCAGCAUGCUUACAGCAUGGCUCUAGGAGAGGACUUUCGCAGCCUGGUCAUCGGGCUCCAGUAUGGCGGAGUCCACAGCGUCAAUUCGCUUUUCUCCAUCUACAAUUUCUGCAGCAAGCCCUGGGUGUUUUCUCAGCUCAUUAAGAUUUUCAACUCUUUGGGUCCUGAGAAGUUCCCUCUUGUAGAGCAAACAUUCUUCCCAAGCCAUAAGCAGAUGCUCACAACUCCAGCUUUCCCAGUUGUCGUCAAGCUAGGACAUGCUCACGCUGGGAUGGGGAAGGUGAAAGUUGAGAACCAGCAUGACUUCCAAGACAUUGCCAGUGUGGUAGCCAUGGCCAAAACAUAUGUCACGACGGAGACUUUCAUUGACUCCAAAUACGAUAUCCGAAUCCAGAAAAUCGGCAACAAUUACAAAGCGUACAUGAGGACAUCGAUCUCUGGAAACUGGAAGGCAAAUACAGGUUCUGCCAUGUUGGAGCAGAUCGCUAUGACUGAGAGGUAUCGGGUCUGGGCAGACUCUGUUGCUGAGAUGUUUGGCGGCCUCGACAUUUGUGCGGUCAAAGCUGUCCACAGCAAGGAUGGGAAAGAUUACAUCAUUGAGGUGAUGGACAGCUCAAUGCCUCUGAUAGGGGAGCACGUGGAAGAAGACAGGCAACUAAUAGCAGAUUUGGUUGUCUCCAGAAUGGCACAGGCCCUUGCAGCUGGGGGUUCUUCCCCUUCCCCUCUAAGACCUUGGGGGCCCCAGUCAAUGAAAUCACAGAUGCAGUGCCAGCUAGGACCCCAACUUGGACAGCUUUCGCAGCCUCGACCACCUCCUCAAGGGGGCCCACGCCAGCCUCAGGGGGCCCAGCCUGCACGGACAGGAGCUCCACCCCAGCAGAGGCUGUCUCCACAGGGUCAGCAGCCACUGAGCCCCCAACCCACCUCCCCACAGCAGAGGUCUCCUGGAUCUCCCCAACAGACGAGAUCAUCUGCUGGAAGCUCACCAAGCCAGACUUCCAAGCCGGCCACCUUUCCCCCACAGCAACCUAGACCUCCAGCGCAAGGUUGGGGUCCUGGACAGCAAGGCUCCAGUGAAUCAUCAAAGCAGCAGGGCCCUCCACAUCCUCACCUGAACAAAUCACAGUCCCUGACAAACACAUUCAGCCUCUCAGAAUCAUCACAGCGGGGAAAUGCCAAUGAAGACGAGGCAAAAGCUGAAACUAUCCGCAACCUGAGGAAGUCCUUUGCUAGCCUGUUUUCUGAUUAA